AUGCCUGCGGGAUCCUGCUUGAUCACCGGUGGUACCGGUUACAUUGGCUCCUUCACGGCCCUAGCCCUCCUCGAAGCAGACUACAAAGUCGUGGUCGUCGACAACCUCUACAAUUCCUCCCCCGAAGUCCUCAAUCGAAUAGAACUCAUUUGUGGCAAAAGACCCGAAUACUACAAGGUUGACAUCACGGACGAAAAGGCGCUCGACGACGUGUUCUCGAAGCAUCCGGACAUCGACAGCGUCAUUCACUUCGCCGCAUUGAAAGCCGUGGGCGAGUCCGGCGAGAUUCCUCUCGACUACUACCGGGUCAAUGUCUACGGCACGCUUUGUCUUCUCUCUUCUGCUGCCCGACACAACGUAACGAAUAUUGUCUACUCGUCCUCCGCUACCGUCUAUGGCGACGCUACUCGCGUACCGGGUAUGAUCCCCAUUCCAGAAGAAUGUCCACUAGGCCCGACAAAUCCCUAUGGCAAUACCAAGUUCACUUCCGAGUUGAUGAUCACGGACCACAUCAACGCCGAGCGCGCAAAGGCUCAAAAGAAGGGCGACGCAGAUGGGGUCAAGAAGUGGAAUGCCGGAUUAUUGCGAUAUUUCAACCCGGCGGGAAGCCACCCCAGCGGAAUCAUGGGCGAAGACCCCUCCGGAGUUCCAUACAAUCUUCUGCCGUUGCUCGCGCAAGUCGCCACAGGUAAGAGAGAGAAGUUGCUGGUCUUUGGCGACGACUACGCUUCUCAUGACGGCACCGCCAUUCGCGAUUAUAUCCACAUCCUCGACCUCGCUGCGGGCCAUCUGAAGGCAUUAGAUUACCUGCGUACACACCAGCCAGGUGUACGGGCCUGGAACCUCGGAACCGGACGCGGCUCUACCGUAUUCGAGAUAAUCAAGGCAUUCAGCAAAGCCGUGGGCCGCGAAUUACCUUACCAAGUGGUCGAGAGAAGACCUGGUGACGUGUUGGAUUUGACCAGUAACCCGACACGUGCCAAUCAAGAACUCGGCUGGAAGGCCACCAGGACGAUGGAGGAUGCCUGUGCUGAUCUGUGGCGAUGGACGGAGAAUAAUCCAGAGGGAUACAGGCAGAAACCACCACAGAAGUUCUUGGACGCGUUGAAGAAAAACAACUGA